AUGGUACAGGAAGAAAUCCGUCGAAAUCGUCUCAGGGUACGCAAGGCGUGUGAAAUCUGUAAAAGGCGUAAAGUUAAGUGCGAUGGUAGUCAGCCGUGUGCAAAUUGUGUCAAGCAUGGGCAAGAGUGUAAAUAUAUCAGUGGUACAGUAAGAAGAAGGUAUAGAAGGGAUAUCGGGAAUAGUAGUGGUGCAAGCAUAUUAAUACCUUCGAGGUUGACGCCUUCGUCAUCGACUGCGCUGAAUUUCAAUGGCAGCGUAAAUGGGGGCGGUAGUGAGAUUUUGGGUAAUAACAAUGGAGUUGGAGAUAGUGACAGGAUGGCAUCUUUACUUUUACAGUUAGGAGGGAAUGGGACGGCGGGGAUAUGGCCGCCCGUAAGUCUUGACAGUGAAAGAAUUAACGCUAAUACUAGCGCCAUUCGACAUUUGAUUAAAACGACUAAUAGUGUUGGUUAUAAUAACAGAAGAUCACCAUGGCAGAGCUUUUCGCUGGAUAAAUACAGAUUUCACAGGAGGUAUCAAAAUCUUUUACCAUUUUAUUUGGGAGCAUCGUUAAUGUCAGAGAUACCACAACAUGCCGUUGAAUCACAUAGAUUGAAACAACCGCGUAUACAAAAUUAUGGAUGGAACAUGUCCGGUGGACAUUAUUUGAGGCAUGAUAAGAGUUCAAAGGCCAGGGCAAGAGCACGAGCAAGAGCUGAGGGAGCUAAUUUAGAUCCGGAAGGUUUCUUCGAUUUUGAAAAUCCAGUGCAUUUAUCGGUUGUCAAUAAGUUGCUUAAAUUCUAUUUCAAAGAGAUCAAUCCACCAAUGAGUAUAGUUCAUGAAUCGAUGUUUUGGCAGCAGUUCAACAAUCGCUUUUUACCCCAUACGAACUUCAAAGAUUCCAGUUCCAAAUUAUUUCGAUCGAUGUUAUAUCUGAUUUUGGCCAUUACCCUAAGGUUCAGAGAGGGGUUUAUGGAGAAUACAGAAGGAUCGAAUGAAUUUCUAUUUACGUGGGAAGAAUUAUCGUUUUUUCAAAGACAGCAUAGGGAGGAAGCGAUGUUCAAGUAUGCGUAUAGUGUUAUUACACAAUUGACAUUUGAGUGGGAAUCCUUUGAACUAAUUCAAUCGUGGUUGUUAAUUACGUUUUACUUCCGUACAUGUUAUAGACAAACGGCAUGUUGGAACGCGUUGGGUCAAGCAAUCAAUAUGUGUAAUGGGAUGUCGUUAUAUUUGAAUCGAUUUCCUCGAACGCAUUCAAAAUAUGACGAAUCGAGAGCCUGGCAUUGCUUUUGGGCCUGUUUUAUCAUGGACAAAUUAAUCUCCUUUCAAAUGGGUAGAUUCUAUCAGUUAUCGAUGCCGGUUUCCCAUAUGACGACUCCUGGUCAUUGGUGUGAUAAUAAAGUUGACGUGGAUAGAAAUGGUAAUUCCAACGCUGAAGACGAUGAUAAUAGCAUCUGGUCAGAUGCAAGUGAGACUACAAAUGAUGAAAGUGAUGAUUCGAGCAAUGUUGAAGAUGUUCAAGAAGUAGAUCACAAUGAUAGACAAGAAAAUGGGGAGCACCCGCAGGGCGAAGACGUUGAAAAAUCAAACACACCGCAAUACGAAGAUGAUGGAAAGGAAGAUGACUGGUUCCACCAUGAGACUACACAGCUGUUCGAAUUGGCAGUUAUCGUACAAACAUGUCAAAAGCGUGAUGGAGAAGAGUUAGAUUUAGAGGAGUCUAUUGCCUUAAGAAGAAAACUAGACGAAUGGUUUGAAAAACACAUUCAAUCGACAAGAAUUGAUAAGACUUGGCAACAUCUGUAUCAAAUUCAGCCACUUUUGUCAUACUUGGAUGUGAGACUAACUUUUGAAACAAGACGUCUUUUCCUAUUGAUCAAUCAGCCUUUAGAUACCGGAGAGAUGAUUUUCCCGAUUGAUACUCUAGGUCUCGUUAAACAUUGUCAGUUAUCGGUUAAAGUUUUAUCACAAAUCAACCAAAAGCAGCUUUAUUUCAUUCCAUGGUGGCUAAAUUUGUCCCAGCUUUUUACUGCAAGUGUUAUUUCUAUUGCGUUAAUCCAUUCUGGUUUACAGACAUCUAGAUCUCUUGACAUUCUUCGUCGAUGUAUGGACAUUUGGAACAACUUAAUGACGUCGCAUCCGAAGAAUCCUCCGGGAAUGUUACCAGAAUGUCUUUGGUGCAUAAAAAUGUUGAAUCACAUGUGUUGCCUGCGGCUAUUAAGUUCUGCUACACAUCUAGAGAAUUUGGUAGGGACAAAUCCUGGAGAUUCGACACCAAAUGAUAAUAAGUUUUCACAAUUUGGUAAAGUUGGCGAAAUGGGGAAAGCCAUCAAUUCAGAUGAUGAAUCCGGAUCUCUCAGUAAUUUACCACCAAUACAAUCACAAAUUCCUUCUGCGUCCCCUUCUAUCCCUCAAUCUCAACCAAUUAGAGUGAAAAGCGAACCAAGUACACACAUUCCAAUAUCUACAACGGCAGUCAAGUCAUUGGCAGAAAAUCAAUUCAAGAUUACACCGCAAUCGCAGCCACAUCCACAGCCGCAACCACAGCCGCAGCCAGGUUUGAGCGAACCGAUUUUAGGCCAAGGGUCUGGGACGAUGAAUACGCCACAAGCUUCAGAGGAUUUUACGUGUCCAAGGAUGGGCAAUAUUCCAUCAUCCUCAAUCACAGAUAGUAGCGGUACUGGUAAUAAGGAAAAUAGUGAAGCGAUUGACGAGGGACUUUUCUCAUAUUUGCAAUGGUUUGAUCAAAAUUUCAUGUAA